AUGGCAUCGGAUGCCGCCCUUCCUAUGCUUCCACACCGAACGGGCACCACUAGCCAAGACCUCGCUCAAGAUGACAUCGUUCUCAUCACUCGUGCCACCCUGCUGAAGGUCAGCGCCGGCUCCAUCAACGUCGUCCUCGACGCCCUGAUGGGCUUAAUUGAGGACCUAGGACGACCGUACAAGACCGGAGCCAUCUCAACCCACCCGCCUCAUGUCCUCAUAUCCGAGAUCUAUAUAUUUGGCCUCAUCGCCGAUUGCUGUACCAACCAUUGGAAUGCAUUGGGCGGUGUUCCGUCAAACCCCGAGUCCUGGCGACUGAGAAGUGCCCAGAGGGCUAAGCUGCCCCUUCCACAGACGCUCGACUCUGCAUUGGUGACCAGGGUUUUGGACGUGUUGAGGCUGUACGCACGACCUCUCCCGGAAGCAUACAGUCUAUCGACCCAGACCCUGCUUGAUGAGUUCAACAUCGAGCGCACCGUGGUGGCGGACCACCCCGAACCGGCCACCCCUUUGCCGCCCGCUGGCAGCGAGCAGCCUAUCGAGAGCCAGGCGCUGUUUGACUCUCGGAUAGAAAGCCUGGAGCGCCAGGGCAGGACAAUUGCCGAGUUCGUCAGUGCUUCCAACUGGACGAGCUCGUUCGAGUAUCUGAGAAAGCUUAUUUACAUGGUCCGGACCGCCACGUCUGCGCAAAUCGCAGCCCCCCAGACGCCAACGAGCGCGGAUGAAGAGUAUACCGCGCUGAUCGUGCUCCGCCUGAUAGGCUGCUUCUGGGUGGACAGUCAAAAGCUUGGCCUGAUCAUCCAGGAGAUCUGCUCCAGUUAUCUUCACUUUCGGAGGCCGUUCCAGCAUACAAUUGCCAUUGUGACCCCAUUAUUAAUCACAAGAUGGCUAGAUCGCUACCCGGACGAGUUCGUUGAGUUGCACACAAUUCACAAGAGGUUAGAUGGUGGGCCAGACACACUCUUUGAUAUGACACAGACUGUUGUGCAUGAUAAUGGAAGGGCAGACUCGGUUGCCGAUGGCGUCAGGCGGAAGUUUUUGCUCUACCCGUUGCAGAUCACCUUGCUUUUCCUUCUCCCUGAUGUGUUUGAGGUUGCUAGCAACCUGCGAGAGGCCAAGAGUGGUAGUAUGUCCAAGAAAGUUGCCUUUCUUGACGGCCUAAGGAAAACUCUCAGGAACAAAAAUGAACAGGCGGCGUACUGUCUCGUGCUACUUCUGCGUGCGGCCCGGCAUUUCGACCUCGAGAGUGACUCGGCGUUCAUGAGUUACGCCCUGGACGUGCAGGAUGAGAUUCGAGACGCUGUUUUCCGGCGUAACAGCACGGGUCCAGACAAUGGGCUGUUUGAUCAGGACAUCAUGACCGCUGCUUUUAUGAGCUUAACAGACCUUAACUACGAAAGCUGUGUCGAGUCCUUAGCACCAUCCUGCCUUGCUCCGAGCACUCCGCUUGGGUUCAAAAUUGCUGUGAUCCAGGCCUGCUCACACUUUGCAGGAUUGCAAGAGGCAGACCGUUAUAUGCAGCUAUAUGCGAUCGGAUUCGAGUUCACGCUCGCACAACUCAAGACGAUGUCCACUAUAUUUGUCGUGGGCGACCACGGAUCUUCGCGCAAGGCACUGGAGCUAGUUGACAACAACAGCAUGCUUCAUCAUAUCAUCUCGUUCCUCUGUGUUUGCCCAAUUGACGUCUUCACGAAGAUUCCAAAGGACAGAAACAAGAACGAAUUCUUCGAAGAGAGCUUCGAGGCCUUCCUGCCCUGCUUGGUCACCUCAAAUGAGCAAGUGCGCCGGUUAGCUGCGCAGGUAACCGUACGCGUAUUCGGCAGUACGAUCAUUAUGGAGUCUCUCAAAACGUCCGAAAGGAUAUGCUCUCUUGCGUUCAAGCAAAAAUUCUGGAAAUUGACCUCACUUGUACUGAGCGACCUUUUCGACAAGGUUGACUCUCAAGACCUUGGUGCAGGCAUCAAUUCGAUCCACGGGUACCUCGAAUCCAGGCUUGUUUUGCUGCGCAAGCUCCCAGAAUUGGCCAACUUGCCCGAAGAGAUAUCUGAAAGAGCGGCCAUAACCACCAGACUCGAGACACUAUUGCUGGUCUCAUUGUGCUCGGCGAAAAUCGAGACGUGUCAACUAGUCAUCAGCUGCUUUGGUCUGUUCUUCGAGGAGUGCCGGAUUGUUGAAACCGCGUCUUCAAGUACCGCGAAAGCAGGAUUGUCGCUCCUUCGAAAUGGCGAUGUCUUCCGAGAAAUCGGCUCGCGCGCGUUCCGCUUCACCGGUCUCGUCGCCUUUCAGAAAAGAAUCCGCGGCCUGCUGCGGCGAAUGCAAUAUCCGAGCGCAGGUAUCUUGGAUGCAUGGGCCCUAGCAUUUGACAGGUGGCUGCAUUUAUCGAGAGAUGUGUCAACUACAAACCCGGAGACUACAUCUGAAAUGUCAGUGGCUGAAUGGCGGAAUUACUCUGGCUUCCUUGCCUCUCUCGGUGGUGUUUGCGUGGCCGACCAGACUGCGAUAAUUGACGACCCAUCUCUUGGAGGUCUGAAGUGGAUUGACCGACUGUCUUCCGAAAACCAAGAGGACACAAUACUCAACAGGUACCUGAGGCUCAGCAUCCAGCUCCUUGCAUGCGGCAAUGUACGUGUGCGGGAGACCACGCGCGAGGUGCUUUCCUCGGAGAUCUCGCCGGCCCUGUACCAGCCACUCUUCAAGGCCCUCGAGUCGGAGCUGGAUAUCCUGUUCACGGGUGCAUUAGAGUCAGCUGUUAAGGGUCUUGAUAGCGAGAUCAUAUUCGCUGAGCAGUCUAUUUCUCUGCUGCGCGCAUUGGUGGACAGACUGGAUGGCCCUUCCGAUCUGGGAGCAGCAUCGUCUGUGCAUCUAGGUGCACUCACUCUAAACUUUGCCAAAUUCCUCGACGGCGUUCCGGAUACUAAGAACAGCCUCAUGGUCAAGAUCAAAGUCUGCCAACUCUGUGAGGCUGUCGUGAAGAAAAAGGAACAUCUUAAUCUGAGGGAUGAUGUUCGCAUCCGCAAUCAGCUCCUCGAGUACAUAUUUAGCUGGAUCGCCAGGCCACGUUCCCCACGCGCAGAGUCUGCCGCAGCGUUUGGGCCUGCGCGUCCCGAUGAUUCCCUGAGGAUUCAGAGAGAUCUCGACAGGGCUUGUCUCAGAUCACUGGCUGAGCUGACGUACCGUCUUCCACUGCAACCAGGCGACGGACAGUCAGAUGUUGGUACUAGUGAGCUGAAGUCACAGAUGUUUCACACUUACUUCAACCGCUUUUUGUCGCUCCUAAAUCUGGAAUCGGCGGAGGCGAGCAGGCAUGACCACGGCACUACCGCCAGGGAUGACAGCAUCACAAGCUCUGAACUUGCGAUCACCGUUCUUUCCAAUCUUCUUAGUGCGAACAUUGACGUGGGCCUGAAGCACUCUUUGAGUAUAGGCUAUCAUGAGAACGUUGAGAUAAGAACAGCAUUCGUGAAAGUCCUCUACAACAUCUUGAUGCAAGGCACCGAAUUCAACAACCUGUCCGACACUGCCGUUACGGAAAAGUAUGACGAGUUGCUAGAUCUCCUGACUACUGAUACGACUCUGGCAGCUGCUAUCAGCGCAGUAUGCCCUAGCAGUGAGGUCGAUGAGGUGACAAUAUCACUGCUGAACAUAUUCGAGACUAGAGGUAUGAGCUUCGCUUUGCUGGAAGCUCUCGUUAAGCAGGAGAUUGAGGACACGGAAAACGAAUCCGAACUGUUGCGGAGAACUUGCGUGGCCACAAAGAUGCUUUCAAUAUAUGCGAAAUGGAAGGGCACAGCGUACCUGAAAGCAACAUUGCAAAAAGUCGUGGAGCGGCUAAUGCUGACUUCAAAGGACCUGGACCUGGAACUGGACCCAGCUCGCGUCACGUCACAAGAAGAGCUUCAGAAAAAUGCGCUGCAACUUCGCAUAGUGGCGAAGGUCUUCAUUGAUGAUAUCUGUGCUUCCUCGGCGAAUAUCCCGUCACCAUUCCGAAAAAUCUGCAGCAUCAUAUCCACAGCGGUCAUGCCUAGAUUCCCGGAGGCCAAGUACACUGCUGUAGGCGCCUUCAUCUUCCUCCGUUUCUUCUGCCCAGCUAUCGUGGCACCUGAAGUCGAAGGCUUAGUGUCGACUGCACCGUCCAAGGAGAUGCGUCGAGGGCUGCUUCUCAUUGCGAAAGUAGUCCAAAACUUGGCGAACAAUGUGCUCUUCGGGGCCAAGGAACCGUACAUGUUUCCCCUGAAUGACUUUCUUACCCAGAAUAUCUACAGGGUGACAACCUUCCUGCGCGAGAUUUCAGUGUCGCCUGAGAAAACAGAUCCUCCCAGCACGAAUGAAUCCUUCGACUUUGGCUCUUGCGUGGCUCUACAUCGCUUCCUUUACGAUCACUGGGACCAAGUGCGGCAGCGACUCGCAUCCCAGGAGAGAAGAGACUUUGUUCGGAACCCGAACGAAAUUUCUCGUAUGCGCUCACCUGUUCUUGAGCCCCUGAGGAAUCUCAUCUCGCACCUCGGCCCACCAGCGCUGGCUGUCACUUGGAACAGGCCCUUGAUUUCAGCCAACACCAGGGCUGUAUACGAUGGUGGAGAGAGCAAGGAUGGCUUAUCUAUCAUCUGCAUUAUCUUGAGGAACAUUGAUGACGAGAACAUUGAUUUUGAUACUUUGAUAUACUGCUACUUGAAGAUCGCGAGCCGCCUGUGGCAUCGACCUUUUGGACUGCUCAUUGACGCAACUUGCUACAAUGGGCAGAACGACGAACCUCAGGAUGAGCUCUUCCACAAGCUGGAGCUUCUUACUCCAACAGAGUUGUCAAAGCAGCUUAGCCGUGUCUACAUCUAUAACAUGAACAGUGCAUUCCGCAAAUGCCUGCGUCGUGUUCUCCGUGUUUCCACCAGAAAAGAUGCGAGCGUCUUCAACCCCAACAACAUUGAGUACCAUCUCGUUGGCAGUAUCAAGGAAUUACAAAAUCAUUUCCACUUCAACCAGCUGCACCUGCCAAAGGAAACGAUCAGCGUCUUUGCAGACACGCGCUACGACUUUAAGCCAGUUGUACGACUGUCGAAAACGAAAGGAAGGAUCGCCUGCCGGGUCAUGGUAGGCAGCCAAUUCGUGCAGAUAACAACGGCCGAGAAGCAGGAGGUACACCCCAACUUCCGCCUAAGCGCCACCAUCAAUGACAUCUUUCGCCUCGGCGAUGUCGAUGAGGCGCCCACGAACGUGAAACCCGAUGACGAAUCGGCUUUCGGCCUCCGAGCCGACAAUGGCAAGAUCAUCAUGUACUUCACCAGCCCUAAGAAGGCUGAGAUUUUACAGACGAUCCGUGCCGCAAAAUCCAAGUACGGCAAGGACUCGCGGUCGCUAAAAUCGUUUGAAAGACUUAUUCGGCCACAAGAUGUGCCGGGUACGCUUUUGAAUCUUGCCCUGACGAAUUUGGCCAGCCCCGAUCAUGUCUUGCGGCUGUCUUCGUACAAUUUGCUCGGGGCUUUGUGCAAAGCCUUCAAUUUCACGGUCGCGUCAAAGGUCGUGUGCACGCGAGACAUCGCGGUGCCGUUAGACCCAUCACGAUUUAUAGUAGAAAUCAGCAAGACGCUCGCUCAGGCUGAACCACAGCUUACGUCGGACUUUCUCAAUGAGUUUUUCGUUGGCUGGGACAGCUUUUCCGAAGAGCAGAAACCUUUGAGUCUAGCUUAUCUGGCGCCGUGGCUGCCUGGCCUCCGAUCAUCAGUGCUGGCGGCUGAGCCCGACAGUGACAAAGGUCGAGACAAGAUCGCGAGUCUUUUCCGGAAGUUAAUCGACGUGACUCUGUCUGACCCGACUUUGAGCUUCACUUUGGAGCAGACGAUCUGGCCAGCCAUCCACGGAGAUGAGGUUCUUCUCGACAUCUUCCUCGAAGAAGUGAUCAAGACAGCCCUAAGCAUAGGUCUCCACGAUGAACAGACAGAGACACUGACUUCGAUCAUUACGGCAAUUGGUAGCAUCACGCUCCGCGGCAAGAUUAUUACUCGUUUGCGAAAGGCCAUGAACCGGUCUUCCAUGCGACAGAGCAAGUACCUGCCAGACAACGUAGUCUGGCCGGAGGUCUGCAUUUUGCUACAAUUCUGCGUAUCGCUGUCAUUCGACAGUGGGAUCCAGGCACAGAUGUAUCUUCCUGAGAUUUUCCAUAUCGUAACGAUGCUCGCGAACACUGGCUCGCCAGAUAUCCGCAUCCUGGUGCACAGGCUCCUGGUCAAUUCCAUUCACGCAGCCUGCACGUCGUUUCAUCUGGAUGAGGCACGCCAGGCUAAGCUCAGGGGUAUCCUGGAGUCAUUGUCGGAAACCAGGACUGACAUCUGGAGCAUCACGCCCGCGUUCCCUGGACGGGACGGAGCAUCAAUGUCUACGACACAGGAGUACGGUCCUAACCUGGCGGCAACAGAGAUUCUGGCUGGUAUCAUGUUCGAGAUAUGCUCUGUUGCCGCAAUCUCCACGGAUAUUGCUAAUGCUUGGCGAUCGCGCUGGAUGAGCCUCGUGGCCAGCACUGCCUUCCAGAACAACCCAGCCAUCCAGCCUCGUGCUUUCUCCGUCAUGGGCUGUCUCGCAAGGGAAGAGGUAGACGACGAUCUGCUGUAUCAGGUUCUCGUAGCCCUACGGAUCAGCAUCACCCGCUUCAGCGGUGAGGACAGCAACAGCGAGAUGUUGGUGGCGAUUGUCACAGCACUGUCACGGAUGAUGGCGAAGCUCCCGUCGACCUCCCGCUAUGGUGUGCAGCUAUUCUGGCUCGCUACCUUCUUACUGAGGCUUGUCCCGGUCAAUCUGUUCAAUUGUGCGGCGGUUUUCCUGGAGUCGGUGCUCACGAAUAUCAAUACCUCAGGCGACACUCGUGGCCCCAAGCUCGUGGCACAUCUUUUGCAGGGCCGCGAGCAGCUCGAGGAGGUGGCGCUUCCGCUAGACGCCUUCUACGGCAUUCACUUCACAGCCGAGAACUUCCACUUUGCAGUGUGCGCAUGUCUCGCCCGCGGCCUGUCGGAUACCAUGACGAAAGCCACAGCUCUACAUGUACUAGCUACAUUUCUGGAUAUGACAGGGACUGCCGCUGGCUCAAGUGACGGGACAGAAGCCGGGUCCAAAAAAUUGAAGGACGUGCCCUACUCUCCGUACCUAUCACUUAUACUGUCACGAGUGGUCACACCGGAGGAGCUGAAAGACACUCUCUGGCUGGCUGGCAUCAAGCCACCAUCAAGCAUGGCAGGUGUGCAGAAAGCGCGGACUCCCGAGAAGCUCAGUACAGUCAAGGACAAGGACUUGCUACUGAAUUCAGCCAUCGAGCUCAUCGACUUCGCGUACCUCGAGGAUGCUGUACAGAGCCGCACGCUCCAAUGGAUGGACGAAUUGGCGAGUGGGCGGCCGAAUGUGAUAAUGCACCUGUGCGGACCAAUACUGGCUAUCCUCGACGAGACGUUGCUACACUGCCAGAACUCGGCGACACUCGAGUCAGCCCACGGCCUCCUGCAGACGUUGACAUCGAAUCCCAAGUUCGCCACGGCCAUGGAGUCAGGCGGUGCGUCGGGGCUGAACGAGAUUCUGGAGGACAUAGGGUUCGGAGGCCUCUGGCGUUUCUGCUCGCUGAAUCCUCAACAGGAACCAGACAAGCAGUGCUUCGCGCAGACCGAGAAGUUGAUCGAUCCCAAGGCGCGCGAUGCCGUGGACCUGCCCUGCGCGACCAUCAUGUAA